AUGCCUCGUCUGCCUCGUCAGACGUUCAGCAUCCGUACCGCUCUCUGCGGUCCCAUAACCAGCCCGUCAAGAGAGAAGGAACUCCGCCUUGUCAAGAAAAUCGACCUCUCCCCGGAGAUAGAAUCCCUCCUUGAGACGCCGACCUGGUCUGUGGCUUCGUUGUUGCCUCCCGCUCCACCUCGACGUGAAGAACGCGACGGCUCCAACUUGAAAUCGCAGCAACCAUCUACGCCAGCAUAUGAAGCCGAAGCAGAAGAAGAAAUCACAAGAGACAAACUACACCACCUCCUCAAACUCUCCGCGCUGCCGUUGCCCAAGUCCAUAGCAGAAGAGAACGCAAUGCUGCGUGACCUCCGCGAUCAAGUGCACUUUGUCAAGGAGAUCCAAAAGGUGGACACCACCGGUGUACAACCUCUUGUGGCGAUUCGCGAUGAGACCUCGGAGCAUAGACGGGAACAAACAAUCACACGGGGGAAACUGGCUGAAUACCUGGCUCUGGAAGUAAAGAAAGGAAAGAACGGUACCAUUCGGCGGAGAAGGGACACGUAUCAAGUCACGAGUUUUUCCCCUGAUAGCCAGCCAUGGAGAGAGGACCCUAUCGCGUGGUCCAAGGUGGAGGAUCCGUGGGCCACAGGGGAAGGUGCUGAGACUCGAAGGAUGGGCAGAUUUUUCUUCGUGAAAAGAAGGCAGGAUGGUCCUGCCGGUCAAGAAAACGACAAGAGCAUUAAGGAUGAGUGA